GCAUCUUUCCCUCGUUUCUUUUCCCUCUUGUUUCUUUUCUGUUCCCUCUUUCUGAUUCACUAAUUUCCUAUGAGAAAGAACUAAUCAUCUUUCAUUCACUAGUAGUUGCUCAUCACUCCUUCAUCUUUGUGCAGUGCCACCCUCUCAUGCUAUUUCCAGUCACUCCAGCUCCCGCCGUAACGUCGUAUUCCUCCACUGUUCCUCCUUGUUUUCAUGCUCAGAUUUGGGGUGUCAAUUGCCCCCACAAUUGAACAUUCAUGGAUGGUCCAAAUGCUUUUGUGGAUUGUGGUAGUAUUCAUGAUGAAGGCAUAGAAGUUGACAAUUUUAAUGUUGAAGAUGAAGUUGCAUUGUGGGAGCCUAAAACAGAUAUGUGUUUUUCUAGCAUAGAUGAUGUUAAAUCAUUUUAUAGAGAAUAUGCUUUGAGAAAGGGUUUUGAUUGGAAGAUUAGAACAUCGAGAAAAGAAAAUGAUGGGGAGGUAUGCUACUUAAUUCUUGCAUGCACAAGAGAUCGAGCUGAAGUGAUAAAAAAAGUGUAUGUACGUUGAAGACACGUCCGACAAUGGGAAAAAGUUGUCCUGCUAAGAUUUGUAUCAAGUUGAAAGAAGAUGGAUUGUGGUACAUUAAAAAAUUUGAGCCUAAUCAUUCUCAUCAUACCAGCCCUAGAAAGGCAAGGUUGUUAAAGGCUGACAAGAAUAUGGACUUGCAUGUAAAGAGGACAAUUCAAAUCAAUGAUGAUGCAGGUGUGAGGAUCAACAAGAAUUUUCAAUCUCUUGUUAAAGAUGCAGAUGGGCAUGAAAAUGUACCAUUUAAUGAAAGAGAUGUGAGAAAUUAUGUUAAAAAGGAACGGCAUGCAAUUGGAAAAGAAGGUGAUGGCAAGGCCUUGAUAAACUAUUUUUGUCAAAUGAGGGAACAAAAUCCAAAUUUCUUCUAUGAAAUAGAUUUGGAUGACGAUUUUCAUGUAAGGAAUGUCUUUUGGGCUGAUGCAAGAAGUGGGGCUGCUUAUGAGUAUUUUGGAGAUGUUGUAACUUUCGACACAACAUAUUUGACCAACAAAUAUGAUAUGCCUUUUGCUAUUUUUGUUGGUGUGAAUCACCAUGGUCAAUCAAUAUUACUUGGAUGUGGGUUGCUAUCAGGAGAAGACAAAGAGUCGUUUGUAUGACUUUUUAAUUCAGGACUUUGUUGUAUGCUAGGAAAGCCCCCUGUUGGUAUUGUGACUGACCAAUGUAAGGCAAUGCAAAAUGCAAUCGAGAUUUAGUGGUGGAGAUUUGCUAGAUGCAAGUACAAUGGUAGUUAACUAGUAUGAACAGCUCUAAUAUUUUUUGGACAAAAGCUAAUGCACUCAUUGCUAAAAAGAUGAAGUGGCCCUUUUGUGUGUAUAUAACAAUGAUAUUGUGUUUUUUGGUGGCCAAAUCAUGGGGACAAAGGUCAAUACAAUAUAAGGUAGCAAUGUUAUUUUGCAAGUUCAUGUCAAUGAAAUAUCACGGGUGUGUGCUUCUUAUGUGUCUUGUAUCAUUAUAAGGUAAAAAAAUAGCCAGAACUUCAAAUUUAAGCAUAGAAAAAGACAUGGUUAUCUUUUGUUAAAUAUCAUGUAUUCACUUCAAAGAUUUGGUUAAUUUGCAAAUUUUUGAAACCGCUUUGUUAACAGUACCAGCAGCGAACUAUUAUAUCUAUUUUAUUGUGGCAGUCGUGUUGUUUGGUUGGUGCAUUGGUGGAGGCGGCUGGUUGGUGUCCUGGACCGAUUUGAAAGCGCGACAGACCUGUUUGGAAGUGUUUUAUCUGUCACUUUAGUGCUGAUUGUGAGGCAGCUGUAUGCGUUUUCGGGCUUUAGGGAGCGACUGUUAGUUUUCUUGGUUAGAGAAUUAAGUUAUGCAAGAUACUACAAGACUAAAAUUGAACCAGUAG